AUGGCGACCUCACCCACAGACAACCACUGGCAGACAGUACAGAAUGAGCUCCGUAUAGCCAUCACACAUUCCGAAGAUCUGGGUCUACAGGUCGACUCACUUUGUAAGGAGAACCUUGCUCUGCGUCGACGCAUCGAGCGGUUCCCUAGUCAGCAGGCACGUGCUAUUGACAAGGCGGUGUCAGCAGCGACAGCAGCUGUCAUUGCAGACUCACCUUCGAGAAUUCUUCAACUCAAGGAGAGGGGUGUCGUUUCCGAGAGCGUGCGAAUGCUGGUGCGCGACUUGAUGUCUCUUGGAAUCCACACCAAGCAGAUCAAAGAGGCAAUCAUUCGUAUUGCAGCCACAGCAGGAAUCACCGUUGAAGGCGACAUCAGCGAGCGUACUGAGCUCCGAAUCAUGGGCGAAGGGAAGCUGCUGUCAGAGUGUCAGAUAGUCGAUGAGAUCAAAAAGGCAGAUAGCCUGACGCUGAGUAGCAAUGGCACCCAUCAUCGGCACAUCCCACACGAAUCUCGCCAUAUACAACUCAACACCUUGAAUGGUGAGAGCACCACACACACACUCGGUAUCACUACUGCGCCAAACCACACCAGCAACGUUCAAGCUGAGGGAUGGAAGUCAAUAAUUCAAUCCUUUCACGACACGUACAAUGCGAGCCCUCUUGGACAAGAGGAAGAGGCUGAUGCCCGGCUGUUCUGGACGAAGGUCUGCGGAAUGAUGACCGAUCAUGCCGAGGACCAGAAGAAGCUUGCAAAAGUCAUCCAUGAAUGGAAACUCGCGAUGUCUCGCGAGUUGCGCACGGAGAGAGCCGUAGCUCAGGCACCCCUUCCGGAACUCCUUCUGGCGCUCGCGGAGGAGACAAAUGCAGCGGUGGCACGGGCCGGUGGUGCAGAUGCUUGGAGCCAGCUCUCUUCCGAAGAGAUCAAGACAGAGAAUCUGAUGAUACAACAAUCAGUCGCAAACCGUCUUGGAGAAGAAGCAUACAACGCACUACCGGACACCGAGCGUCUCGUGGCCAACAUGUUCAUCCACGGCGGAUGCUGCAUGCACAAAGAGCUCAAUGCGUUCAAAGGGGGGAAUACUCGGAUGAUGGCUUACUGGGCGACGUCCUCAUUUGCAGGACCCAUCCUGCUUAUGAACCGAGACAAUGACGCUGCUGCGGCUGCUGGCGCGUCGACCGCACGGAAACGGGCGCUUGAUAUAUCGCGCGGCGGAGGAGUCAAACUUGCAGAGCUCGGUGGAUCUGCAUUCCGCCACAAAAAUGACAAGAAGGGUCAGCAAGACUCAGCACGAUACUUCUUUGAAGUAUCGCUACUAGGAAAACUGCUUACCUUCCCCGAUACCAGCAACACACGCUCUGGAUCGUACGGUGAUGCCGCAUCAGUGCUUGUCGCAUAUCUUCACCUGUUCCGAAGACUCCUAGAGCUUAUACGCGACAAAAAAGACUCUGGUCAGUUAAACCAUCUCGAAGAGAACGUCUACCGCGGCCUACAUGACUAUCCCACUCUCGCUGAGCUAUGUGUCCUGUCCCUCUACUCACAAGCUAUCAGUCAUCCUUACAUGCGUACGGUACGCUCACCUGAGCGUCCUAACUACCUCACUCUUGUCGACUUUCACCACCACCUCAUUCAACACGUUCAGAAGCUCAUUGAUGACCCCGACCUCCUCCUAUCCCCUAGCGCCUUACCUGAAUCAGCAACCUUGGAUGGACAACCAUGGGACUCACCCGACGCUAUUGCGGGCAUCCGGAACCUACAAGCGAACCUUCCAUAUCUUCGUCCCCUUCUAGUCGAGUUCCUGCAGGGUGCACUUGUUACAUGGAAACGAUUCACCAUUGAAUUCGCCCCUGGAGGUGUUAUCGAGAGACUCACCGAAACUCAGCAGAACCUUGCUGCGAUGCCGAAGAACAACGACCGCAAUGAAGGGGGGCUGGGAUUCUAUAGAGGUGAGAAGAGGAAAGCACCUAACAUGCCUAUCGAUCAGCACAAUGCUCGGGUGAUGUGGAGGCAGAACAAUACCUCGACCUACGCUCAGACUGCACCUCAAGCCUUGCUGGGGUUCGUCCGAGGACUUGCACGAGAGAGGGAGGGCGAAGGGCGGGAACGUAAGCGGCGACGGGAACUUGCCGAAGCAGAGGAGUCCGAGGCAGCAAAAAAACGCGUUCACCGUGACGUUGUCCAGGCAAAGAAGACAGCACGAUUCGAGAGGCUAAAAGGCGUGCGACCGAUCCUCCGGCUUCAGGACUUGAAGAAGGCCAAGGUGACAGUGGCAACCCUAAAUGAACAGCUUGAUUGGCAUCGGGAGUGGGUAGAUACUGCUCACCGGAACCAAAGGGAGAUCCCCACCAAAACUAAGCUGUCGAACAAGAGGCGUAUGCUGAGGGCGCUCCGGAGUGCAGUGCGGCGGUAUAACACAGAUAGCAUGCUGCGGCAGGGCGCCCAAGAACUGUUGUUGAUCGCUGGAGUGGUAUGGGAUGAGGCCAUGUACACUUACAAUUUUGAUGAGCCGGAGGAGGAGGGUGCUGAAGAGGAUGCAGAGUCAGAUGGUGAGGACGAGAGAGAGACGGGGGAUGCUUGUGGAGGGGGCGAUGGCGGCGCGAUGGACAUGAUCGAUGGUGGGAGACGAGAAUAG